CCAUUGACUGAACUUCUACCGGAACUCUAGCGUGCUCUAGCGUCAUCCAGCGUCAUCGACAACAAGAGUGUUCUCUUUCUCCAGGAGUUUGUAACUUGUAACUCCUAGGCUUCCUAGGAGACGUUUAUUCUUCAUCACUGAUACUGACCGGGACGACCAGGUUAUCAACAAAUAUGGCUUCGACUAAGGUCGACUGGGGGCAAUACGCCGAAGAGCAGGAAAAAUUAGCGUCGAAGGUGACGAAUUUGAGUUUGGAUAAUUCAACCACAACGUCCGUUCCCGUCCCGCCUGUGAAGGAUGGCGAUUGCAAGAGCGACGAUGACACAUCUGAGGAACAGAUCUCGCCAGCGGAAAAGUCGCUCCUGCAAAAAAUUAUAAGGAAAGGAUUAGUCGAAACGACGAAAGACAUUGAAAUUCAAAGAAAGGACCCGAAUUCUCCAUUAUACAGUGUUAAAACCUUCGACGCCCUCCAUCUCAAGCCCGCUUUAUUAAAAGGAGUCUAUGCCAUGGGAUUCAAUGCACCAUCGAGAAUUCAAGAAACUGCUUUACCCACUCUACUUGCUGAUCCGCCACAGAAUAUGAUCGCACAAUCUCAGUCUGGUACGGGUAAAACAGCUGCGUUUGUACUCGCGAUGUUAAGUCGGGUAAAUUCUAAUGCCGAGUACCCGCAGGUACUUUGUUUGUCGCCAACUUACGAGUUGGCGAUUCAAACUGGCGAGGUAGCGGCAAAGAUGUCGCGCUUCUGUCCUGAAAUAAAGAUUAAGUAUGCUGUGAGAGGAGAAGAAAUAAGCCGUGGAUCGAAAAUUACGGAACAUAUUAUCAUAGGAACCCCAGGCAAGGUGUUAGAUUGGGGACAAAAGUUCAAGUUCUUUGAUCUAAGCAAAAUCUCAGUGUUCGUGUUGGAUGAAGCCGAUGUUAUGAUUGCGACGCAAGGUCAUCAAGAUCAGUGUAUUCGUAUUCACAAAUUACUGCCACCUACAUGUCAGAUGAUGUUCUUCUCCGCGACGUAUGAGCCGGAAGUGAUGAAUUUUGCAGAAAUUAUAGUCAGCAAUCCACUAAUAAUACGGUUAUUAAGGGAAGAAGAAAGUUUAGAUAAUAUAAAACAAUAUUAUAUUAAGUGCAAAGAUGUAGAUGAAAAAUACACAGCUAUCACCAAUAUCUACGGCGUGAUUACUAUUGGACAAGCAAUUAUUUUCUGUCAUACGAAGAAGACGGCUAGUUGGUUAGCGGAAAAAAUGACGAAAGAUGGACAUGCCGUAGCAAUAUUGUCUGGUGAUUUGACUGUGGAACAAAGAAUUUCCGUACUAGAUAGAUUUAGAGCAGGACUUGAAAAAGUUCUCAUCACUACAAAUGUUUUAGCUAGAGGUAUUGAUGUAGAACAGGUAACUAUAGUGGUUAAUUUCGAUUUACCAAUGGAUCAGAGGCGACAAGCCGACUGCGAGACGUAUUUACACAGAAUUGGGAGAACGGGACGAUUCGGCAAAUCAGGAAUUGCCAUUAAUUUAAUCGAUUCGUCACACGCAAUGCAAUUGUGUAAGGACAUAGAGAAACACUUUGGUAAAAAGAUUCAUUAUCUUGACGCGGAAGACGCGGAUGAGAUUGAGAAAAUCGGAGCUUAAGUUAAUAUGCUUUUUAUUAUGGAUCUAGGCUUUAACAUAUUUUUAAAGCAAACUUCUCUUUGUAUUUUUAAUAUAAAACGGGGAAAAUUUUUUUUCAAUCAGGUAACUGCAUUAGGAAAUCGUUUUUCUUUUGUCUUAACUUUUUUCGCAGCUAUGUUUAGUACAUUUCAUCAAACCAAUAUAAAGCGAUUCAAGAUUACAAAAUUUUUGUUACGUGCGUGAAUGCAUGCAUAUAUAAAACAAUGUAGAUUCUAUUCAACUGUGUUAAAAUUGCAUUCUUUAAACUUCGUUUCUCGAAAAAAAAAUUAGCAGACUUUCUUUUUUACCGACCAUAUAAUUUUAUUUAUAGUCUAAAUGCAAUUCGAUGUACUUGACAUUGUAAAAUAAUUUACAUAAUAGAUUAUGUUAAACAUGUAAACAAGAAUAUUUUAUAUACCUAAAUCUGGGAAACCAGAAAAAUAUAAGAAUAUUUUUUUAUUACAUUUUCAUCUCUAAGUAACCACGAUGAUUUGAUUAAUCUAAUUGAAAAUAUCUUCUUAAAUAUUUAUAGUUUCAGGAAAUAAUAGUUUAAAAUGAACAUAUUCUGAAAAUAUAAAUGUUGAUAUUUAAGAUAAUCGCGGUGGAAUAGGUCUCAAAUAAUAUUUUUAAAACAUUGUUUGCUACUUGGGAAGAUGGUAGCAGCAGCAAAUUCCUUAUAUUAUGAUUAAAACAUUUUGGUAUAUUUAUAUCUUUAUGUUAUGUUUCAAUGAUUGUUUAAAAAAACAAAAUUAAUAAUGUCAUAUAUUUAUAUCUAUUCUAAAUAAAACUUUUCUCUCUCUGUACUUAACGAUCUUAUUAUUUAUUCAUUUACCAUAAUAGCUUGUAACAUUUAGUAAGACUUGAGAGGUAAAUUUGUAAUUUAAACAUACAUUUAUUCAGAUGGAAAAUAAAUUUAACAAUUACAAAA